AUGUCAGGGGGUUAUACCGUGCCGCCACCGAGCUAUGCAGACGAGCCAUCGAAGCCGACGAAGCAGUACGGCACCACCGGCAGCCAGGAACCCUUGCUCGCCCAGCAGUCCAGCCGAGGACUCGGUUCAUGGGGCGACGAUGCCUCGGGCGAUCUAGAAGGCCAGCAAGAUGACUCUUGGAAGGAGACGACCGUCUCGGACAGCAGUCCUGAGAUCCGUCAGGCGUUCAUCCGCAAGGUCUACACCAUGCUCUUCCUCCAGAUCUUGGGUACCACCCUCGUCGGCGUCAUCAUGAGCACUCCCAGCGUCACCACAUGGACCCAAGCGCAUACCGCCAUCGUCUUCGUGCCGCUCAUCCUGGCAAUCAUCAACCUCUUCGUGCUCUUCGCCAAGCGUCACUCUUCACCGGCCAACAUCAUCCUACUGAGCACGUUCACCCUGUUGGAGAGUAUUGGCGUAGGCGCGACAGUGGCGAUGUUCGAUCAAAAGAUUGUCCUUCAAGCACUCGUCAUCACCUGCUUUGUCUUCGUCGGCUUGACUCUCUUCACCAUGCAGAGCAAGUACGACUUCUCACACUGGGGCUCCUACCUCUAUGGCAUCCUCCUCGUCUUCUUCUUCACCGGCAUCGUCGGUGUCUUCUUCCCAUUCUCACGCGUCAUGGAUGCCGUCUUUGCCGGAGUGGGAACACUGCUCUUUAGCGCCUACAUCCUCUACGACACGCACAUGAUCAUGAACAGACUCUCCCCAGACGAGUACAUCAUCGCCGUCGUCAGUCUCUACCUCGACGUUCUCAAUCUGUUCCUGUCGAUCCUCAGGCUACUCAACAAUGCCGAGCGCUAA